UCUGUGUGAUAACGCUAACAACAACUCCCUGUUUAUUGUGAAAAGUAAACGUAUUGGAUAUUGGAUCCAACACAGAUGAUUAGCGUAAAAAAUUGAAUUUGUUUUGAAUUAACUAAUACUAUAUUAUCAACAAAAUAAUGGUUUUAAUGAUUUUUUUUCGAUUACCAUAAUCAGAUAAAAUUUUAUUACGGUUAAUUAUCAUUCAUAUAUACCUUCAUAAAUGUACCAUAUUGCACUUUGCAAACGACCUUUGGAAUACAUGUACAAAACCAACAACUGAGAUAUUGAACAAUUUGAGUCAUAAUGCUCAAGUGUAAAAGCAUUUAAAACUAGGCGAAGGAGAGUUGCAAAGAGAAAGAUCUCAUUUGUACUCUGUCCAAAUUAGCUGAUAAAGCAAAAUAUAUUUGAUAAUCGAAACAAUUAAACUUACCAAAAUCUAAUCUACCUCAAAUGUAUUGCGCCCACAUAAAACACAAAGUAAAAAAGAGAGACUUCCGCAUUGCCUACAAUUGAGCUGGAAUUAGUUUGUACAUCAGCCGUAGUGCGAAAAGUUUACAUACGGAUCUACACUCAACAAGAAACAAUAGUUUCUCACUAGAACCGUUUAUAUACGAAAUGAAUUUUAUAUUGCGAUUCAUUGUUUUCCUCCUUGAUCCUUCGGGUUUAGGGCGGCGUUUAUUUAUACGUCCGGCACUCAAGGUAGGAUACAAUGUAUACGAUGGUAUUAAGAGCAGAGCUGAUGAAAAGGUUGGCACAAUGAAAGAAUUAGUUCUACGUUUGGGAUUAAUUGCAUUUGCGGUGGUAUUAAUAAUUUGGAUAGCAGUAUUCAUGUAUGUAGCCUUCUAUUAUACGUAUAUGCCGGCUAUUUCACAUACAAGACCAGUUCACAUGCAAUUCAAGUCUUGCUUGGAUUCUACGACCCCAUGUACAUUCCCACACGCACAUGUUUCGCUUACAAAGAAACAACAACUAUUGAUGGUUGGCCAAGCUUAUCGUGUAGUGGUGCAGAUUGAAAUGCCAGAAUCACCUCAGAAUUUAGAGCUAGGUAUGUUUAUGGUUUGCGGCGAAAUGCGCGACACCAAUGCUCUACUACGUGGCCAAUCCUGUCGCUCAGCUAUGAUGCGCUACCGCUCCCCACUUAUACGUACAAUUAGCACAUGGGCACUCAGUCCAUUGUUUGUGCUCGGAUUAAAAGAAGAAUACCAACGUGUGCCUGUAGAAGUAUUUGCGAAUUAUUUAGAAGAGCGACAACACCCAAUUACUGACGUCUACGUAGAAAUUCAAUCACAAAAAAUACAAUUUUACACAGUUUCAUUACAUAUUGUCGCUGAUUUCACUGGGCUGAGAUAUAUAAUGUACAAUUGGCCAAUACUGUCAGCUGUAAUUGCAAUAAGUACCAAUUUGUUCUUCAUUUUGGUGAUAUUCCUACUCAGUUGGUAUCACUGGUCUGACACAACUUGGCUGCAUAAUUUGCGUAAAAAAUACGGGCGCAUAACUGAAACUUUACAAGGCAAAGCUAGUAAAGCUAUUGAGUCAAAAAGCGGCUUUAGGGAUGAUGAGGAUUUGAGCUUUCUGGAUGACAAAUCCAACGCCUCUGAAAUAGAAGAGAUUGGCGGUAGCAGUGACAGUCGGAGUAGUAGCAAGGAAGAAUUGCUAGGCAGUAAACCACAAAGAAGAAAUGAGGGACAGCAAGUGCACCAGCGUAGAAUGCAAGAAGCAUUUUAAGCCCUUGCUCCAUUGAAGGUUAUUGCAUUAAUUAUGCAGAAUAUAAUAUAACAAUUUGACUGACGCCUAAUUUUGCUUUACUAUUGUUUUAAAUAGUUGUAAAAUAGAGUUAUUCGCAUAUGUGUAUCUGUAUAUUUAUAAAAAAUGGAUUUAUAUUCAUAUAUGCAAAGUAAAAAUUGUAACUUGUUUAUUUAAAAAGAGGUAAGAUAUACAACACCAUUAAAUAUAUGAGUUAAACAAUUAUAUUCUUGA